AUGUUCGAAUUGUCGAAAAUAUCAGUGGAACAACUCAACGAACGCUUUAGUGCACAAGCGAAAUGGAUUGCAAAUAUUGCGAAAGGAGUGGAUGAUGAGCCUGUGCGUGCACGUGAUAAGCAAACAUCGAUUGCAAUCAGCAAGAAUUUUCCCGGAGUGAAUGCGCUGACGACAACAGAAGAUGUACAGUUUUGGCUGAAUGGACUUGCCAAGGAGCUUGCGAAACGUUUGGUCGAAGAUCAGAUCAAGAAUGAGCGUACCGCGUGUACUCUGCACGUGAGUUGUACCACCGAAUCGCUGUCGAACGGAGCGCAUUUAACAAAGAGUUGUCAGAUUGUUUCGUACGCAUCCGAUGCCAUCUACAACGCAUGUUGGGCGAUCAUGCGGCAUUUCAAUAAAUCCACAGUACCAUCGAAAUGGGAACCAUCCAUAGUGAAUAUUUCGUUAUCGGCAACGAGAUUUCACGAUGGCAUUGAUCAGUCAUCGAAACGUAUCACGGAAUGGAUCAAUCGUAGAGGUGAGCAGUUGGCUGCAGGCAAGGACUCGGAACCAUCCUCACAAUCACUUCAUUCAGCGGUAUCGAAAACGACUACUACACCGAAUACUGCACUUGUUUCAAGUGUUAUGCAAGACUACUGUAUGACGCCUGUGGCUGAAGUUCGGCUGGAUUCACGGCAGAUCGACGACAACAGUGCUAGCGCAGUAGCAGCGAGCAGUAGUGGUGGUGCUUUCCUGCCGAAUUCGUUACAAGAAAUACCACGUGAAAUGUUAGCAGAGAUGCCUGAAGAUAUCAGGAGGGAACUUUCAAUAUAUUAUCAUCAGAAAAAGGUGCAAGAGCGAGGCGCCUUAUCGCCUUCAUCAAAAAGCAAGACGACAUCUUCGCCUUCAUCAACGAAAUCGUCUCAUCGGCGAUCAACAAACAAACGUAUCACUCGAACAUCCUCUAGCACUAACGUCGAACCAAAAAAUAUGAAGAAAAUUUCUGAUUUCUUUAAAAAGACUUGA